CGGUGCGGGCCGGAGGGGUGUGUGCGGGGGGCCGGAGGCGGCUGUCAGAGUCGGCUCAGCCUGCGCGGGGAACAGCGGCCGCCUCCCGCUCCCGGCCCGGCUCGGCCGCCUCAGUGUGCACAGCAUCAUCAGACGAAUGAGGGACGAGUCCUGGGGUCCGAGGCUGGCGAACCCGUUCGCGGAGGCUAGGCGACAGGGGGCCCCAGCCCUGGCCAACGCAGGAGAGGCUGUGCCUUCACGCCACCGCACGCGCCCCCAUUGGCACCUCCCAUCAUCGAGGGCUCCACCCCUGUCGGGUGGCCUCUACGUGGACUGCAGCCUCUGCCGCCUGCCUGCCUUGGCAGCCAUGAGGCCCCCAUGGUGUCCCCUGCAUACUCUCUUCCCACCGUUCCCACUUCUCCUCCUCCUCCUCCUCUUCCUCCUGGGAGGAGGGGCAGAGGCUGAGCACCCAGAGGACCCGGAGCUGCUGGUGAUGGUGCGUGGGGGCCGGCUUCGGGGCACCCGCCUAAUGGCCCCUGGGGGCCCUGUCUCUGCUUUUCUGGGCAUCCCCUUCGCAGAGCCACCCGUAGGCCCCCGUCGCUUUCUGCCACCGGAGCCCAAGCGACCCUGGCCAGGGGUGCGAGAUGCCACCGCCUUCCAAAGUGUCUGCUACCAAUACGUGGACACCUUGUACCCUGGCUUUGAGGGCACCGAGAUGUGGAACCCAAACCGUGAGCUGAGUGAGGACUGCCUCUACCUCAACGUGUGGACACCGUACCCUCGGCCUAAGACCCCCACCCCUGUCCUCGUCUGGAUCUAUGGGGGUGGCUUCUACAGUGGGGCCUCCUCGCUGGACGUGUAUGAUGGGCGCUUCCUGGCCCAGGCGGAGGGGACUGUGCUGGUAUCCAUGAACUACCGGGUGGGAGCCUUUGGCUUCCUGGCCCUCCCAGGGAGCCGGGAGGCACCAGGCAAUGUGGGUCUUCUGGAUCAGAGGCUGGCCCUGCGAUGGGUGCGGGAGAACGUGGCAGCCUUCGGGGGGGACCCGAUGUCGGUGACUCUGUUUGGGGAAAGUGCAGGUGCCGCCUCUGUGGGCAUGCACCUGCUGUCCCCACCCAGCCGGGACCUGUUCCACAGGGCUGUGCUGCAAAGCGGUGCACCCAACGGGCCCUGGGCUACGGUGAGCAUGGGAGAGGCCCGCCGCAGGGCCACACUGCUGGCUCGACUCAUAGGCUGCCCCCCAGGUGGGGCUGGUAGCAAUGACACAGAGUUGGUCGCCUGCCUGCGGACACGGCCAGCUCAGGACCUGGUGGACCACGAGUGGCAUGUGCUGCCUCAGGAAAGUGUCUUCCGCUUCUCUUUUGUGCCUGUGGUAGAUGGAGACUUCCUCAGUGAUACCCCGGAGGCCCUCAUCAACGCUGGAGAUUUCCACGGCCUGCAGGUGCUGGUGGGUGUGGUGAAGGAUGAGGGCUCCUAUUUUCUGGUUUACGGGGCCCCAGGCUUCAGCAAAGACAACGAGUCUCUCAUCAGCCGGGCCCAGUUCCUGGCCGGGGUGCGGGUCGGGGUCCCCCAGGUGAGUGACCUGGCUGCCGAGGCUGUGGUCCUGCAUUAUACAGACUGGCUGCAUCCUGAGGACCCAGCCCGCCUGAGGGAGGCCAUGAGUGAUGUGGUGGGUGACCACAAUGUCGUGUGCCCUGUGGUUCAACUGGCUGGGCGACUGGCCGCCCAGGGUGCUCAGGUCUAUGCCUACGUCUUUGAACAUCGUGCAUCUACGCUCUCCUGGCCCCCCUGGAUGGGGGUGCCCCACGGCUACGAGAUCGAGUUCAUCUUUGGGCUCCCUCUGGAACCCUCGCUAAACUACACCAUUGAGGAGAGAGCCUUUGCCCAGCGGCUGAUGAAAUACUGGGCCAACUUCGCCCGCACAGGGGACCCCAAUGACCCGCGGGACCCUAAAGCCCCGCAGUGGCCACAGUACACGGGGGUAUCGCAGCAGUACGUGAGCCUAAACCUGCGGCCUCUGGAGGUGCGGCGGGGGCUGCGAGCCCAGGCCUGCGCCUUUUGGAAUGGCUUCCUACCCAAAUUGCUCAGCGCCACCGCCUCGAAGGCUCCCAGCACCUGCCCAGGCCCCGCCCACGGGGAGGCUGCCCCGAGGCCCAGGCCCGGCCUCCCCCUGCCCCUCCUUCUCCUCUUCCUCCUCCUCUCCCGGCUCCAGCGGCUGUGACCACGGCCUCCUCCCCCUCCGGCCUCCGGGGGCCCCUCUUCUAAUGAGUGGUCGGGCCGGGGGAGGGCCCCACUCAGGGAUCUCCGACCCAGCGCCCCUCCCCCUCAAACCAAAAAGCUCACACUGGACAGGGCGUGGGGGAGGGUUGACCUACGAUCCGUCUCAGGGACUCACACGCCUUUGUUGUUUAAAUGGAAAAGCCCAUUUUCUUUUUUUAUAGAAUGAUUCCUUGGAGCCUGAGACGUGUUGGGGGAGAGGGAAGACUCGGGGCUAGCUAGCAACUCCCCGUGGGGCUAUAACCGUCAACCGUUUCUGUCUCUUCUCUUUUUCCCAUCCACCCACGGAUGCUCCCCGCCCCUGAUCCCUUCUGUCCCCUUGUCUUCGGUCAUUUUCCCCCCUCUCUCCUCCCUCCCGCCAAUCCUCUGGCCCCACCUCCACCCUCAUCCUCCCCGUCUCUCGUGUUUCUCACAUCUACCUGAUCCUCUUUCCACCAUCCCACGUGCCUCUCCUGUGUCCUCCUGCACUCACAACCCCCACCCGACCUUCUCCACGUCCUCCUCCCACCCACUUGUCGGGCGCCCUGGCCGCAGACACGCUGGACGAGGCGGAGCGCCAGUGGAAGGCCGAGUUCCACCGCUGGAGCUCCUACAUGGUGCACUGGAAGAACCAGUUUGACCAUUACAGCAAGCAGGAUCGCUGCUCAGACCUGUGACCCAGGCGGGACCCCCACGUUCUGCCGCCCUAUCCGCCCCCCCCGCCCCGGUCCCCAAGUUGUAUAUACUAUUUAUCUAAGGGCUGGGAUAUUACAGAGGAGCCCUAGACCCACCCCAACUUUCCCCCGGGGCCCCUGGUCCUCUGCAUGUCUCGGCCGAGCCCCCUACCCCGCGGUGCCUUCGCCCCUCUGGGCUGCCAAUAAACUGUUACAGCCAAAGGUGUGUGCGCGACUGGGGGCGGUAGGGCAGGAGGCCUAGCCAAUUGGGCUCAGGGAAUGGGGGUGGUCGCUGGGACCUACAUUCUGGCCCACUCAGCGCCGGGACACCAGGCGCCACCCCGCAAGGAGAACUCGCGUCUGCGCAGUAAGAAGGGAGGUGCGGUGGGGCGGGGCAGCGGUGCAUUGUGGGAACCCUACAGGCCACCAGGUCCGCAGGGCCUAGCGGUGCGACCUCCACUGAUUCGUGCUGCCCGUGCUGCCCAGCGCUAUUGUUGCCAGAACCUGCGCGCCGGUCCUGCCGCAGCUCGCCCAGGACCCGCCCAAAACCCGUCCGGGCCGAGAGUAAGUGCUAGA